AUGAUUGUAUCCCACUGCUCUCUAACACGACCCUGGCCUUCGUCAAUUCACAAACCCUGCUUCCCAAAACUUAAAAAGCUAAAAUUCCCUUUAACUCUCACUUCUAACACGGUCAAUUCCUUAAAACUCACAACCCGUGUUCUCCAGCAAGGAACUGAAGUAGUGUCCCCUGACAACGCUCUUGUACAAAACCCAGUAAUUCAAACCAAAGAAGAAACAGAAGAUGAAGUCCCUGGAAUUUUCGAUGGAGUGGCAAGCACAGAAUCAGAAGAUAAAACCCCAGUUUCGUCUAAUAAAGUGAAAAAGAAGAAGAAAGAAGACGAAGACAGCUCUGAAAAUAGAUUCAAGCUUCGAAAUGGAAGAGAGGUCUAUGAGGAAAAAGCUUAUCUGGUUGGAGUUGAGCGGAAAGGCGAUAUGGCUGAUUCUUUUGGGACCGAGGAGUCGCUUAAAGAAUUGGGACAGCUUGCUGAUACUGCAGGGCUAUUAGUUGUUGGUUCUAGUUAUCAGAAACUAGCUUCUCCAAACCCGAGGACAUACAUUGGAUCAGGCAAGGUAGCGGAAAUUAAGAGCGCGAUACAAGGACUAGAUGUUGAGACUGUAAUAUUUGAUGAUGAGCUUUCUCCGGGACAACUGCGUAAUUUGGAAAAGACUUUGGGUGGAGAUGUUAGAGUUUGUGACCGCACUGCUCUUAUCCUGGAUAUAUUCAACCAGCGAGCAGCAACGCAUGAAGCAUCUUUGCAGGCAUGGUUACUGCUGCACUUUGUUGCAUUGGCUCAAAUGGAAUACCAGUUACCUCGAUUAACUAGAAUGUGGAGUCACCUUGAGCGCCAAGCAGGAGGCAGGGUGAAGGGUAUGGGAGAGAAACAAAUUGAAGUAGACAAGCGUAUCUUGCGUACUCAAAUUGGUGUUCUUAAAAAGGAGCUAGAAUCUGUUAGAAAACAUAGAAAGCAGUACAGGAAUAGGCGUACCUCUGUACCUGUUCCUGUAGUAUCUUUGGUUGGUUACACAAAUGCUGGAAAGAGCACACUCUUGAAUCAAUUAACGGGAGCGGGUGUUCUUGCUGAAGAUCGGCUCUUUGCGACGCUUGAUCCAACUACAAGACGGGUUCAGAUGAAGAAUGGGAAUGAGUUCCUUCUUACAGAUACUGUUGGUUUCAUCCAAAAGCUCCCAACUACCCUGGUUGCUGCUUUCAGGGCAACAUUGGAGGAGAUAUCAGAGUCAUCACUAUUGGUUCAUGUGGUUGACAUCAGUCAUCCACUGGCGGAGCAACAGAUGGAUGCAGUGGACAAAGUUUUGUCGGAACUGGAUGUAUCAUCAAUUCCAAGGCUGACGGUUUGGAACAAGGUUGACAGGGUCAGUGAUCCGAAAAAACUAAAGUUGGAAGCAGAGAGAAAACAAGAUGUUGUUUUUGUGUCUGCUUUGAAUGGCGAUGGGUUACAACAAUUCUGCAAUGCAGUUCAGGAAAAAUUGAAGGAUUCUAUGGUAUGGGUGGAAGCUUUGGUUCCGUUUGACAAAGGGGAGCUUCUCAGUACCAUACAUCAAGUUGGAAUGGUAGAGAGAACUGAAUAUACAGAAAGUGGGACAUUGAUCAAGGCUCAUGUCCCCCUUCGUUUUGCAAGGUUGCUAGCUCCUAUGAGACAGUUGUGUAAAUCAUAA